AUGACAUUUUUACCCCAUCUCUGCUCCCUCUUUCCCUGGUAUCCAAGGAUCUCCUGUCCCAAUGGAGCAGGGAUCUCCGUGUCCCCAGGCUGGCACAGAGGUGUCCCCGGGCUGGCACAGAGGUGUCCCCGGGCUGGUGGCACAGAGGUGUCCCCAGGCUGGCACAGAGGUGUCCCCGGGCUGGUGGCACAGAGGUGUCCCCGGGCUGGUGGCACAGAGGUGUCCCCAGGCUGGCACAGAGGUGUCCCCGGGCUGGUGGCACAGAGGUGUCCCCGGGCUGGUGGCACAGAGGUGUCCCCAGGCUGGCACAGAGGUGUCCCCAGGCUGGUGGCACCUCUGUCACUCUCUGUCCCCGCAGACGCUCCGGUGCCAGCGCCCGUCCCCAACGGCCGGCCCGGCAGCCUGGAGAAGGACCUGGACCUCUUUGCAUCCGUGGGAUCCAGCUCAGACUCCUCCAGGAAGGUUGCUGGCUCCAUGCCAACCUCCGGAAGCGCCGGCUCCGUUCCCGAAAAUCUGAACCUGUUCCCGGAGCCCGGAGGCAAAGGGGAGGAGGUGGGCAAGAAGCAGCUCUCCAAAGACUCCAUCCUGUCCCUGUACGGCUCCCAGAGCUCCCAGGUGCCAGCCCAAGGAGCGAUGUUCAUGGCGCCGGCUCCGCUGGGCUACCCCGCCGCUCCCUACCCCGCCUUCCCGGGGGUGCCCCCUUCCAGCAGCAUGAUGGGCGGCUUGAUGGCCCCGUCCGUGGGCAUGCUGGCCCAGCCUGGAGCUGCUGGCAUGGUGGCACCCGUGGCCAUCCCAGCAGGCUACGUGGGCAACGUGCUGGGCGUUCCCAACGGGAUGAUGGGUGCCCAGCAGCCCGGCUACGUGGCCGCGGUGCCCCCGGCCGUCUACGGGGUCCAGCCCACGCAGCAGCUGCAGUGGAACCUCGCCCAGAUGACCCAGCAGAUGGCUGGGAUGAACUUCUAUGGAGCCAAUGGAAUGAUGGGCUUUGGACAGUCCAUGGGAGGAGGAGGAGGAGGAGGAGGAGGAGGAGGCCAGGGCAGCAACCCCUCCCUCAGCUCCCCGCUGUGGAAAUGAGCCCUCGCUCGCACGUGACCAUUUCUGCCUUUGUUCUCUUCUCCAAACCUGCUCCAUCAGACAUUCAGGGUUUUUUGCUUUCAGGUUUUGGGGUGGUGGGGGGGGGGGACCCAGCCCAACCUGAAUUUUUUUUUGUUUUUUUCCAAUCCCUGAGCUCCAUCCAUCUCUGCCUUUCCAGUGUCACAGCCCCGGGGACAGCUGGGUGGCCAGGCCACCAGGAGCUGAGCCCCGUCCUCAGCACAGUCAAUGCACUCGGGGAGGGGAACCCUCCCUGCACAAAGCUCCUCCAGAGCUCCUGGGCACCACUUGAUGCCCUGCUGGGCACCUGGGCACAGCUGGGACUGGGAAAUCUGGACUGAAUCCUGCCCAGAAAGCUGGGAAUUCUCACUUCAACUUGCAGUGUUAGAUUUAUCUUUUUGUUGGGGUUUUUUUUUUGGGGGGGAGGGGGGGGGAACCUCGUUUGGUGCUGAGGAACCAAAGGCGAGCCCAGGGGCAAGCAAGCCUUGCUACCUCCUCCCUCGAGGGGAGCUCUCCCUGCUCCCACCCUCCUUGGAACCAAAGUCCUUGGGAAAAGCCCUGUGGCACCCCCUGAGCAAGCAGGAAUCUCGCCCAGAGUGGGGGCAAAGCCGAUGGAAUGUGAAAAACUUGCACUCCAGGGGGAAUCUUCUGGCUGGUGUUAGGAUUUGAUGGAAUUUCACUUUUAACAAUCUAACCAGAGUUAAUUCUCCGGGGCCCAGAGCCCUGUGCAAGUUUUCUUACACUUUUAAAAAUGAUUCUGACAUCCUAAUUUAUACUUUUUUCACUUUUUUUUUUUUUUUUUUUCCUCUGUUUGGUUUCGUUCUUGUUGUCGUUGUUCCUGUGUAAAAUCCUGGUUCCUCCCUUUCCUGGCUCGCUUGGGACAUUUUAAUCUUAGGCAGAUUUCUUUUCUCAUCUCCAACAGAACCCAAAACUGCUUCAAAAGUCAGCAAGAAGUCGGACUCGUGGUCUGCUCUCUCCUGUGGAUAUGUAAAUUCCCAAAUAAAACAUUGCAGUGGA